AUGGCAUCUCAGAAAUCCGACAACUCCGACUCUCGCACCGUCACCGCCCCGUCGGCCACCACCACCACCACCACCACCACUGCAAGCACCGGCCUCACCACCCCACCCUCCCCUAUGCUCGAUUGGCUCCACUUUAAUUCCAUUCCCAAGGAAAAUGAGGCUGAGAGCUCUGCUUCCCGAAAUCCUGGAAAUCAGUAUCCGUGCGCAUACUGUCCACGCCUCUUUUCAAACUCUCAGGCAUUAGGCGGCCAUCAGAAUGCACACAAAAAAGAGAGGAUGGCCACUAAAAAGGCCCUGAAAUCUAAACCAAAUGCAAGCCAAUGCCUCCAAAACAUCGUCCCUGCGCCACCUAGCUCGACCAUGAGGUACGUGAACCCGUAUGAACAAGCACAGAUGCAGCAAUGGGCUUGGGCUCACUACGCUGCGGUGGCCCAUAACUUUAGCCGAAGCAACAUGUCCGGAAACGAAAGAGGAGCCAGUGCUUCUCCAUUGAUGCUUAAUGCGAUGGAAGUGGGAUAUAAUGCACCAGGUAUUGCCCCGACUGUAAGCCCCAAUGAUCAGUCGAGGGCUGAGACGGUCGAUCUGACGCUGAAACUCGCAAGUAAUGUGGAGCCAAUCGAUCUAACUCUGCAUUUGUGA